AUGACACUCUCAUGGGAUGCAACUGGUGAUAUUGUAAUGAAACGAGAAAAACAAAAUUAUUAUUAUGAAUCAACAACGACGAACCUGAUUAAAGGCGGCCCAUCUCUUUCUAUUACAUCAACGUUGAGCAAAUCACAUGGUACCAUGGAUAUUAUUCAAUGGAUGAAUUGUUUCAUUGAAAAAUAUAAACAAGUCUAUGGUUAUUCUGAACAAUUCUCCAAGCCACCUAUCAUUCAUCCCGAUUGUGCCCUAGUAUUUUUGAGUGCUGGUAUUCAAAUUUUUAAUCGGAACGAAACCAUGAAUCGUUACAUUGCAAGAUGCUGGCGCAUUAUACACCAUACAGCCAGUAAACAAGACCUAGAAAUUACGAUUGUUCAUGCAUGUCUCGACCAUUUCAUGAAAAAUGUCAAGAAAAACGCAUCUAAACAUUUAAACAAAAAACAGGUUCCAUUUGGAAUGUGGCUCAUGCCGUUAUUGUUCAAUAGCAGUACAUUGGAUGAGAUGAUUAUCGUAUGGCGCAACAUUUGUAUUCUUCUCCUUAGUGUCAACCAAAAUGAUCAUUUCAAGAUUUCCUCAUCUGUUUUACCUACCCAGGACGAUCGUUCCUGGAAGCAGUAUUCCGCUAAUUUCCGGCGAGAACCCGCCGGAUAUUCAUAUUUUCCGCGCUGGAAACCACGAGAAAAGACUCGGAAUCCUACUAAAGGAACCGGAUCCGACCGCCGAAAUACUGCUUCCAUGAAAUCCCCAGAAGGUCCUGGAACUGGUCGGUUCCGGGCCGGAUUGUUCGACCUGGGCAGUGACGCAGCUAUUCAAUUAGUUAGUAAUGUAAUCAACGAAUUUUCCAAAGCGAUUGGAUUGACAAUGGUCAUAUCGAUAUGUUUAUCAAUGAUUUAA